CUUCACUCAUCCUGUGCUGCAGAGCUGAUCUCUCUGAAAUAAACCAAAUCCAUGUAUGCAAUGGAGGCAAUAUAUGACAAUGUUGAAUGCGUUAAACUUGACAACCCAACACCUUCAACAAAUUACACAGGUCAGAGGAGCUCUAAGAGAAGUUUCUAUUUGGGUGUUAUUCUCUCCCUGAGCCUGCUUACGGUUUUCCUGCUGAUUGGACUUAUCACACUUAGUUUCUUCAACCAUAAUUUAGCUGGACAUGUGUCGGCGGAGGCUGAGAAGAGAGACCUUCUGAAUAAAAACAUCUCUGCUGUCAGUAACCAACUUUCUUCCAUGACUGAGGAGCGAGACAUUCUGAAUAAAAACAUCUCUGCUGUCAGUAACCAACUUUCUUCCAUGACUGAGGAGCGAGACAUUCUGAAUAAAAACAUCUCUGCUGUCAGUAACCAACUUUCUUCAAUGAAUGAGGAGCGAGAUCUGCUGACUAAAAAACUGCUGUGCUUUUACAACCAGAAUAAACAAUGUCCUGCAGGAUGGAGUAGUUUCAGCUGUAGCUGCUAUCUCCUCUCUGGAAGGUCUGAUUCCUGGAAUCAAGCCAGAAAGGACUGCAGAGACAGAGGAGCAGAUCUGGUGGUUAUCGACUUCGCUAAAGAACAGGAGUACCUUACUAGGCUCACCAAUACACUGACUUGGAUUGGUUUACAUGAUGAAGAAGAAGAGGGAAGAUGGAAAUGGGUAGAUGGAACUCCUCUUAAUCUGAUGUACUGGGCAGAUCGCCAACCUGAUAAUGGCGGUGGAGACCCAAAGUGGGGUGAAGAGGACUGUGCUCAUAUCAGGACAUUUGAAAACACUUUGUGGAAUGAUCUUUCAUGCACGAAUUCUCUGCCGUGGGUCUGUGAAAAAAUACCAUAAUACCCACUUUUUUUGAAGAUUCGAUACAUAUUGUAAGCUUAGCUAUGGUUAAUGUUUUAUUAUCCUUUAUUAUUUUAUUUUCGUUUUAUUCCUCUCUGAAUAUCUAUUUAGCUAAAGCAUUGCAGUGCGAGUUGUAGCUAUAGCUAUAUACUGUUCACUUUUAUAAAUAGAUUUACUUCCUGUUGUAAAAAAAGAAAACAUAAUUUAGCACAUGAACUGAGGUCCAACUGCUGACUGCCUUUUCUGAUAUAUCAGUUAAUUUUACAUUUUAAAAGAACCAGCGGACAAAGCAGAACUACAGCUGAUUCUCUGGAUCACCACAUAUCAGUCAUAUGUUUAUGGAUAAUCAGAAGUUGUCACAAUAUGUUAUUAGUUAUACUGAUGUCAGGACAUUGCCCUCGGUCAGUGUACUACAGACGUGGCCAAAAGUUUUGAGAAUGACACAAAUGUUAGCAGCAAAAGUUUGCUGCUUCAUUGUUUUUAGAUCUCUGUGUCAGUUUUUUUCUGUGAUGCACUGAAGUAUAACUACAAGCACUUCAGGUUUCAAAGGCUUUUAUUGACAAUUACAUCACGUUUAUGCAAAGAAUAUUUGCAGUGUUGGCCCUUCUUUUUCACCUCUGCAAUUCGCCCUGGCAUGCUGUGAAUCAACUUCUGGCUGAUGGCAACCCAUUUCUUCAUAAUCAACCCAAUGAUGGCUGCACGUGUUUCUUUGCAGGUAACCAUGGUUAACAGGAAGAACAAUGACUUCAAGCAUCACCCUCCUUUGAACACAUCCAGUCUGCUAUAUUAUAACUCAAUCAGCAUGACAUAAUGAUCUCCAGCCUUGUGCUCGUCAACAUUCUCAACUGAGUUAACAAGAAGAUUAUUACUCAACAGGUCCUUUUAUGGCAGCAAUGAAAUGCAGUGGAAAUGGAUUUUGGGGAUUAAGUUCAUUUUCAUGGCAAAGAAGGACUUUUCAAUUCAUCUGAUCACUCUUCUAAACAUUCUGGAUUAUAAGCAAAUUGCUAUCAUAAAAACGAAAGCAGCAAAUUUUGUUUAAACCAAUAUUUGUGUCAUUCUCAAAACUUUUUGCUACAACUGUACCAUGUGAAUUACUGCAAUACAGGGAUAUUGCAUUUUUGUUUUGUGUUUUGUUGUUGCAAGCAGUAAAGCUGGGCUUAUUAUUCAUGAUAAAUAAACAAAUAAGCAUAAGUCUGUAAAUUAUAUCUUAUGUGCACUUUGGUUUAAUUAAUUAAGUUUGUUCUUUCCACUGUGAAAAGAGAAAUGGUGGGCCACCAGAAAAGUCUGGCAUAGGAUGUAUCAAAGUGUUCUUUGUGAUAGAGUAAAAAGAGUGUAUUUUGCAUAUACACUGCAGCUCCUCAUCAUGUGUGAUGUGAUAGCUCUAACUUUGGGUAAUAAGAAAGUUACUGCUGUAUAGCUAGUUUUCCCCAUGAUGUGUC